AAGCCUGUGAAAGGAGUGGGGGGUGGGAAAUGGCCGUGGUUUUGCGGUUGCUAGGCGAGUUUGUGCUGAGGGGGCCUUUGCGGGCGAAGGUGGGCCAGCUCCCUUACUAUGUGGGUGGAAGGACGUUGUUUGGAUGCACCCAUUUUAAAGCACCGUCUGGCCUGCUACGACCACAUAAAGAGAUUCCCCAGAGGCCUGCCUUGUCCAGGAUUUCCACAGCUGCUUCUGCCAAAUCUGGAGAGGAUGCUGUGCUCAGGUGGGGCCUCCUCCUAAUCCCCAUAGCGGCAUUUUGCCUUGGAACUUGGCAGAUUCAACGGCGGAAAUGGAAGUUGAAGUUGAUCUCUGAUCUGGAAGCCAAGGUGGCAGCAGAACCGAUCCCACUCCCAGCAGACUUCUUGGAGCUAAAGGAGUUAGAAUACAGACCUGUCAAGGUCCGAGGGUAUUUCAUUCAUGACAAGGAGCUGUACAUCCUUCCGCGUUCAUUGGUUGAUUCAGAGAAAGAAGCCAGGGAUGCUGGCCAGCUGAUGUCCAAUCCUGAGAGUGGUGCCAAUGUCAUCACACCCUUUUACUGCAUAGACCUUGGGAUCACAAUCCUUGUCAACAGAGGGUUUGUCUCCAGAAAGAAACUUAAGCCAGAGACCAGGUUGCAAGGACAGAUCCAAGAAGAAAUUGAGCUCACAGGGGUGGUGAGGCUGUCGGAAACCCGCAAGCCGUUUGUUCCAAAGAACGACAUUGAAAGGAAUCGCUGGCAUUACCGGGACCUGGAUGCCAUGGCAAGAGUGACAGGAGCUGAGCCCAUCUUCCUUGAUGCAGACUUCAAAAGCACAGUUCCAGGGGGACCCAUUGGAGGCCAGACGAGGGUGACGUUACGCAAUGAGCACAUGCAAUACAUCAUUACCUGGUAUGGUUUGUGUGCAGCUACCUCCUACAUGUGGUACAAGAAAUUCAUUCAGAAGGUUCACCUCUAAGGCUUACAACUUCAAAAUGCUCACAGGAGCAGCAGCCAGUCUGAGGUCACUACUUUUAUAGAGGAACAGGCCUUCUGACUCGAUUGCAGCACUUCGGUGACCAGAGCAAGCAGACCCAAGCAACAAAGACCCUUGUGUUCUGCUGAAAGUCAGCUGCAAUAUAUUAGAGCUGCAGUGUUACUGACCUGGGAAUAAGCCCCACUGAAUUCAGUAGGACUCACUUCUGGGUAGGCAUGGUUAAGGGAGGAAUUAGGAUGAUGGGGGCCUUAACAGGGAGGGGGAAAGCCUUUCAAAUUGUAGUGCUUAUCUAGGGUUGUUUAAAGCUAUGUAAUCAGAAAUGACACAUGAAGGAAAUCAAGAAUCAAGAAGAGUAUUAGUGUUUGUGCAAAUAACCAGCAUGUUGCAGAUGCAAUAUGAUGCAAAUUUCCAUGUAAUGAAGUAGUAAAUAAAUCAUGUCUUAUAUACAGCUUUGUCUUUCUUGGCAACAAUAAUGACACCAAGUCCCUAUCAAAAAGAAGUAUUGUAAACUUCUGAAGUUCAUAGUUGCAGGGUAUUUCAAUUUCACUCUCCCCUGUGAGCUGAUUGAUUCCUGUUGUCUUGUCAAGGCAGCUUAUGAAAUGUUCUAGAACCCAAUAUACGGUACUUGCAGCUAACAUUGGCCAAAGUUCCACAAAGGUGUUGUUAUUGGGGCAAAUCUUAAAUUCUCUCCCCUUGGGUUGGAAAAUGGUGAAAGGAACAUUGGAAUAAUUUCUUCUUAGGUGCUAUGGAAUCCCCCUUUACUAGACAAGGCUACCAGAAGACAUAAUUUAUAGAACACCAUACUCUAAUCCAGGCACCCCCAAACUGUGGCCUUCCAGAAGUUUUGGCCUACAACUCCCAUGAUCCCUAGCUAACAGGACCAGUGGUCGGGGAAGAUGGGAACUGUAGUCCAAAACAUCUGGAGGGCCGAAGUUUGGGGAUGCCUGCCUAAUCACUAAAAACUUACAGAAAACAACUGGAACACUUUUUUGUAGUAUUUUAUUUUUAUGGGAAUAACUUCUUGAGGCAAAUCUGAAACAUCUAUCCAAGUUUAGUAGCCAGUUCUUUAGCCUUGGCUUUUUCAAGCUUAGCAAUGCGGGCCACUGACUUCGGCCCCAGAAGAUUGCCGCCCCAGUGACGACGAAUCUGGAAGGAAAAAAAGAUUGCUUACAUGUCAAA